AUGAGGAUCCUGAAGCUUGAUCUAGAUAAGCCUGGUACAAUGAUGGAUGACAAAAGAUCUCUACUCUCACAUAGUACCGAAGAGUGCCUCCAUGGAGAUAAAGUAAACAUUCAAGUCUACCCCGCAAUAUGUCGAAGAAUCGCUCAAGGACCUGCUAGCAUUGAUUGUGAGCGCAUGCGAAAGGAAGACCAGGAGGGCAGCCAGGAGGGUGACCUUCACGCCAGAGUUAACAGGGUGUUUCAGAUUGGUGCACUGCCCAUGUAUCUUUUCAUUCCAGAUUUAAAGAAAUCUUCCUCUCCAUACGUAACUGACCCGGAAUGUACAAAGGCACCCUUGCAGGUCUACAUCUCAGCACUUAUUUACACUCCUGAACAAAGCCUUGUCCGGAAGCAGUACGAGAACGCAAUCCCUGAGUGGAUAAUUGAGCCACCAGCGAUGCGGAAAUCCUGGAGCCCUUUAUUACAGACACUGGGAGGUUAUGAGGCCCUUAGUGAUAUCUCUGACGUAUGCAAGGGUCUCGCCUUAUCACCCGAUGGCAAGCUACUUGCAACUUCGAAAGUUGAGAUCUGGGAUACAACUACAGGAACACUUCUUAACACCCUUAAGCCGAUGGGGAUUGGGUGCUCUGUCUCAUUCUCCAGAGAUGGCAAAGAAGUCAUAUCGUUAUCUAAGGAAGGAAAUGUAAGAGUGUGGGAUGUGUCCUCGGGGCGCUUAAUAAAACAGAUAAAAUCCCCCAUGCAAGGCCAGUGGGCUCUUGCGCAAACCUUUUCCAUUGACAGGGCCAGAGCAGCUUCGUAUUCAUUGGGUGGAACGCAUUUACUUCUUGACAUCAAGCAAUGGAAUGUAACAAAGUCAUUCAAGCCUCACGAGUCGAAGCUAUUGUCUAUGGCGCUUUCACCUAAUGGUGAGCUUCUGGCAACUCUAUGUACAAAGGGAACAGUUCGGGUGUGGAACACAACGGACGCUACUUUGGAUCAUUCCAUUGAAGCAGGUGAUCCCAAGAGAAUCUCAACAGGGAAGGAUAGCAAAACCCUGAUCAGCAGUGGGCUUGACCAACAACAGAAAGGAAAAGUCAAGUGGUGGGAUUGGGCUUCUGGCACGGAGGUCAAGACAACUUAUGGCGGCGGUCAGCUGCUCCAGCUGUCACCCGACGGCAGGCUGUUGGCAUCUGCGCAGGACUAUCAAAGCGACCAAAGAAAUCUAAUUAAAGUAUGGGAUGCCACAUCUGGAGACCUCCUCCAAGCUCUGGAUGAUAGCACAAGCCCUGCACAGGUUUUCGAAUUUUCUAAUAAUGAUCUCUCCUGGCGACUAAGUUUAGAGAGCUACUCGAUUAACUUGUGGAACAGAAAGACUAGGGAGAUCGGACCAGUGCUGAAUGGGUCUGGGUGUAAUAUAUCUUCUUUGUCAUUCUCCCCAGAUGGAGAGCUUCUGGCUGUAACAUUGCCUGACCGAGGCAUUUCGAUAUGGAGCUUAUCAUCUGGAAAGCUCAAAACGAUGCUACUGAUAUCUGACAGUGAUGGCAAUAUCUCUCACACUGCAUGGUCCCCCGAUAACACACAUCUAGCAUCCGUGUCUGGUAAUGGCACUGUGUUGCUUUGGGAUACAGUUACUUGGACCUUGAGGAGGUUGAUAGGAGAUUACCUGGGAGGGGAAAGGCAUACACCGAGGGCGAUCGCAUUCUCUCCGGAUGGCACAUUGCUGGCCUCUGGAUGGACCAGAGGCUUUUCUUCUUGGGGACCGCAUUCUCCCGAAAGUGGAACAAGCCUGUGGGAUGUGAAGACAGGCAUCCUCAUUGGUACUCGAGGUGUUGCAGCUAGCCGGCAAAUUCUCUGCUUCUCUGCCAAUGGGACAAGCAUAAUGACGGACAUCGGUCGAGCUGACGUUCGGUCCUUCUACAAGGGAUCUGAGUACGCCUCCUCGCGUGAUCUGGCAGUAUUUGAAGAUGAAUGGGCCCGGAUUGGAAAUGAAGCGAUCCUGCUGCCUAAUGACUACCACGCUACAUGUGCUGCUGCUACUGAUGAUGAUCUACUAAUAAUGGGCCAUGCAUCUGGCAAAGUGACUUUUCUUCGAGCCAAGGCACCUGAAGAUUAG